UAUAAAUUAAUAUGAGAGAAGAAGCAUCCUUCCCAUACAAUCAUUGGGGAAGAAAUGGCUCCUGGCAUUGCAUCAGCUUCUUUCCUUGUGUCCCUUCUCUUUUUCUCCAGUGCCAUUGCCACUGCCACUGCAGACUUCGAUUUCUUCUACUUUAUUCUCAUGUGGCCAGGAUCAUUUUGUGUACGAAAUGGAUGCUGCCUUCCCGAAGCAUUUCCUGAACCAGAGCUAGACUUUUUCGUUAAGGGCAUGUAUCCGGCUAAAAAAACGGGAGAGCUCGUCUCAUGUUGCAAUACCAGUACGACUAAGUUCUACGUUAAUGAGGUUGCAGACCUGAUCGGUGACAUGAACGCAUAUUGGCCGAACAUCAGGUGUCCGAGCAACAACGGUCGAUCCAACUGGGAAAAUCUGUGGGGAAGGUACGGUAAUUGCUCGGGGCUGACUGAAACGGACUACUUUAGCAGGGCCUUGGAACUGCGGUCCAGGGUCAAUUUGCUCCCCAAGCUGAAAAGGGCAGACAUCCUACCAAAUGACAGAGACUACAACUUAGGCUAUGUCCAAGCCGCCAUUGAUGAUGCAGUUGGAAAUAAGAAAACGGCCGUACAUUGCAGCAAAAUACUGGGCUGGUGUUACCACCGGGGUUACCGCUACCGAUGUACUAAAUAUCUGGUCAAUGAGAUCUCGAUCUGUACGGACAAGAAUGCCACCACAAUCAUCCAUUGCCCGAAAUAUAGCGUUUCCACGUGUGGGGACAUCGUCACCUUCCCUAAAUUCACCUACCACAUGAUGAAGAAGUGCGAACCUGAAUCUUUCAACCCUAUCCAGAUGCUCACAUCCUUCUCCGAGUGAUCUUGGCCGCUUAUCACUGUGUCUUCUGUUGCUAUCUAGUGUUAGUAAAUGCAUGUGUGAUGUUGGAUUUUCUAGUGUAAGCUUAGUUGUAUGCAGCGAGUAUGCUUUGUCUUGCUACUGCAUGGAAUAAACGAAAUUAAUAUAAUUAAUGACAGCUAUCCUUUAA